UAAGAAAUAGUUGAUUCUAGUUAAAUUGUUUUGCGUAGAACGGGUUUCUUGUACGUAUUAAGUAAUUAGGAUAUAAAAAACUUAAUACAUAGUUUUUUAUAAAAAUAAUAAGUAUACAUAGUAUUUAAUAUUUAAAACAUAGUUUAAAUGUUUCUGAACAUUUUAAUCUUCCUCACCGGAACUUCGUUAUCCGAUACGCUGUCAAUUUGAUAUAAUCAAAAAAUGUUUUUAAAGCAUACUCUGUUUUCCAUUACUAGAAAUUGUAAAAAUAAUUCUAAAUCUUUUUUUCUCUUUCGACAUGAGAAUUUGGUACUACUAGAGAAAGAGAUAAGGUGUAAUUUUUUUUUUACGCUGGUUACAAAAACGCAAACAAAUUUCCAUCUCUAUAACUAGUAUAAUUCAAAGUUUUAUUAGUUUGUAAGUAUUGUAACUUUACAUAUUCUUAAAUCAUAAAUUUAAAAAUUUUUAAUGCAAAGCGUUUCUUUAUACAAACUAUUUAAUUCUGUAAACCAAUAAUGAUUGCUUAGUUCAACAUUAAAUAGUUUAGAAUUAUUUCUUACUGUCCUCGAUAUACUCAGCAGCUGUUUGAACAAUGUCUACGCGUUUCAAAAUAGAACCAUAUACACAAAAAUUACGAUAAGAAAGACUAGGUUUUUCGCUCACUUUCGCGGAGGAUUGAACGGGAAAAUUCUUAAAACUCGGAGAACCUUUUAAAAACUUUGUAUAACACACUACAUUUAUAUAUUUAUAAAACACGGUUACAUAUGUUUAAAAACAACUUAAACCGAGUAAAGUUGUUUUUGCAUCCAACGCUUCAUUUACAUAAAAACAAUCGUAGAACACAAAUAUGUUCCGUUAAAAAUAACUUAAAGCGGGUUACAUUAUUUUUGCCCAACCCCUCAUAUAUGCAUUUGGUAAGCAUAUAACUAAAUUGAAGAAAGAUAAUUAAGAAUAGAUAAUAUAACGGAUACGAGAUAAGAAAUCUGUUCGUAUUAGAGGAGACUGUUUUCACAUGUAAAGUUUAGUAAGCGUUUUGCCUUCUUACGCGACACAAGUCUCUGAUAAAUUUUUUUUUUAGAAAAAUGUUGUCUUCAUUUAAAUCGGUUUCGCAAUAUGCCGCGUCUGGAAUUUUAAAAUUUCAUCAAAACCAUUCACGAUGUCUCUCUCUAUUGCGUCCUCAUUUUAGAGAAAAACGUCAAAUUCGAAAAUCAAACAUCCAAGCGAGGGCCAAUUAUUCUCAUGCAAUUAAAGCCGCUCACAUGUACAAUCCCGGCGAGUUUUCUAUAAUGGACAAAACUAUCGGACAGUUAUUAAGUGAGGCAGUUGCAACAUGGCCCGAACGAACUUGCGUUGUUUCGAUUCCUCAAAAGAUUCGUAUGACAUUCACUCAGGUUCUUCAACGGGUCGACUCGUUGGCUGCGGGUCUCAAGAAGCUAGGCUUGAAAAAGGGUGAUCGGCUGGGUAUCUGGGGUCCGAAUGAUCUAGAAUGGUUUAUUACUUUUCUAAGUGCAACGAGACUGGGAUUAAUCGUUGUCGCGAUUAACCCCGCUUAUCAGCAGAACGAAUUGGUGUAUUGUUUGCAAAAGGUUGGCGUAAAGGCAAUUAUCUCACCUGACAAAUUCAAAACGCAGAAUUAUCCAAAGAUGUUGCUCGCCGCCAAGGAAGUGUGUGCUACUUUGGAACAUAUUAUUAUUUAUUCGCCCGAUCAUAUAACCGGUACGCAUCGUUUCGCCGACGUCGAAGUUUCGGCAACGGAGCCGGAAGUGGAUGCGAUUGCCGCCGAGCAGGACAAAAUAUCAUGUGAUGACGGAUGCAGUAUACAGUUCACGUCCGGUUCCACCGGGAGGUCCAAAGCCACGCUCCUCUCGCAUAAGGGUCUCGUAAAUAACAGUAAAGAGGCUGCACGAAGGGGGAAGAUAACUAUUGAAAAUAAAAUAUGUUUAAACAUGCCACUGUUCCAUGCGUUCGGCAUGGUAAUGGGUCAAUUGCUCAUCCUUCAUACGGGGAGUACCCUCGUCUUGGAAGAACGUUCCUUCAAUCCGGUAAAAACCUUGGAGGUGAUAGCGCAAGAAAAGUGUGCCAUAACAUAUGGAACGCCAACUAUGUGGGUAAACUUAAUAGAGGCACAGCAACGAUUGCAGCUACCGACGGACAGUCUUCAGGCAGGAGUUACCGGUGGUGCACCCGCAUCUUCUGAACUUUUCAAACGAAUCCGAGGUUUGCUCGGCUUCAACGAUAUGAUGAGCAUAUAUGGUCUGACAGAAACAACAGCUAUAGUAUUUCAAUCAAUGCGUGGAGAAGAUAGGCAUCUUAUAGAGACCACUGUAGGUCAUUUGGCGAAUCAUGCUGAAGCGAUGAUCGUCGAUCAAAAUAAUUUACCAGUUCCCUUUGGAAAACCUGGCGAACUUUGGAUUCGCUCGUACUCCAACAUGUUGCGCUAUUGGGAUGACGAAGAAAACACGAAGAAAACUAUAACGGAGGAUGGUUGGUUAAAAACGGGCGAUCAGUUUAUCUUGCAGGAAAACGGAUACGCUACUAUAGUCGGAAGACUUAAAGACAUACUUAUUCGAGGAGGUGAAAAUAUUUUCCCGAAAGAAAUUGAAGACUUCUUGAUGACUCAUCCCAAAGUAAAUCAGGCGCAAGUUGUAGGAGCAUAUGAUGAAGUCUACGGAGAAGAAGUUUGUGCGUGUAUUCAACUUCGCGACGGUGUGACAAUGACAAAGAAUGAACUAACAGAUUAUUGUAGAGGCAAAAUAGCGCACUUCAAAAUACCACGUUAUGUAGUGUUUAUAGAUGAAUAUCCAAAGACUGCCACAGGAAAAAUUCAAAAAUUCCGUUUGAGAGACCAAUUAGAAGAAAGCGGAGUGAUACCGGAAAGACCAAAACAUUUGUAAUAAUUAUAGACAAUACUAACUAUACAAAGUUUAGAUAACAUUAUAAUAAUAGUAAGGUUUUAUAGAAAAUCAAGUAAUAAGGAAUUAAAAAUUGUAUAAUAUUAUUCCGAGAGUUUAAGUAGGAAAUCAAAUUACAUAUCUAGGAACUAAUUGUGUACUUAACAUCGUACAACAUUAUAAACAUUAUAUAUCUAAGUUUUAUAAUUUUCUACUACAUGGUUCUCUUGGAUGAAUGCUGAAAUGUAUUUUGCCAGAAGAAUGAAAGAGUUAAAUUAUUUAUUAAUAUAGAGUUUAAAAAAUUAUUUUAUUUUGUUCAU